UCCAUCCGUCUGUGUCUGUAUGUAUGUAUGUGUGUGUGUGUGUGAGGACGGUGUGACACCGCGGUGUGCCAUUGUCAGUCUGCGUGUUUGUUUACCUCAGUGUAUGGUGUCAGUGUAUGCGAUGUGAUAUACUCUGUGUGUAUACAGUGUGUGUGUGUACGGGGUGUAUACAGUGUGUUUAUCUGUACAUACAAUACGUGUGUGUGCAGUGUAUUUGAGCGCGGUGUGUAUAUAUGAGCGCGGUGUGUAUAUAUGAGCGCGGUGUGUACAUAUGAGCGCGGUGUGUAUUAAUGAGCGCGGUGUGUAUAUAUGAGCGCGGUGUGUACAUAUGAGCGCGGUGUGUAUUAAUGAGCGCGGUGUGUACAUAUGAGCGCGGUGUGUACAUAUGAGCGCGGUGUGUAUAUAUGAGCGCGGUGUGUUUGCGUCCCCCGUCGGUGUCAGGCGGCGUCGUGCGCUGCAUGCGCGUUGGUGCGUGUGACAGGCGUGUGUGUCUGUCCCCCCCCUCAUGUCACGCACACCGGCACACACGUGUGACCGCACAGCCAUGGAGUGCGGCGCGGGGCGCAGGCCCCAGGGGUGUGAGGGCCCCGAGCCCCAGGUGGGGGUAUGAUUCUCUGCUGGGUUCUGCCUCUCACAGCUUGGAUUUGCCCCUGGAUUGGGCAGAUUGCUCCCGACUUCGGUCAUGUCCCCUCCGGCGUCUGCGGCCAGCGAGAGCAGCACCGCGUCCGUACCGCGAGAGGAGCCCGAGGCCGUGCGGGAACUGCAAACGCCAGUGAAGCAGUCCUUCAGCAAGUCGCUGUGCCGGGAGUCCCACUGGAAAUGCCUACUUCUGUCGCUUCUCAUCUACAGCUGCAUGGGUGCCAUGACCUGGUGUCACGUCACCAAAGUCACCCGCUUGACCUUCGACACCGCCUACAAAGGCAACUCCAUGAUGUAUCACGACAGUCCCUGCUCCAAUGGCUACGUCUACAUCCCCCUGGCCUUCCUGGUCAUGCUGUACGUCGUCUACCUGGUGGAAUGUUGGCACUGCUACACGCGGAAUGAGAUGCAGUAUAAAGUAGACCUGGAGAGCGUGCAGGAGCGUGUGCAGCGGAUGCAGCAAGCCACGCCGUGCAUUUGGUGGAAGGCCAUCAGCUACCACUACGUACGUCGGACUCGGCAGGUGACCCGUUACAGAAACGGAGAUGCCUACACCACCACCCAGGUCUACCACGAGCGGGUCAACACCCACGUGGCUGAAUCGGAAUUUGACUAUAACAAUUGCGGAGUCAAGGAUGUCUCGAAAGAACUGACAGGCCUUGACACCUAUCCGGUUACACGGCUGCGUUUUACAAAGUGCUUUAGCUUUGCGAAUGUGGAGUCUGAGAACUCUUAUCUGACCCAGAGGGCAAGAUUCUUUACGGAGAACGAGGGCCUGGAUGAUUACAUGGAAGCUCGGGAGGGAAUGCACUUAAAAAACGUGGACUUUAAGGAAUAUAUGGUUGCAUUUUCUGACCCGGACAACCUUCCGUGGUACGUCUCCCACUAUGUAUUUUGGGUGGCGGCUCUUCUAACGCUCUCCUGGCCGCUAAGAGUCUUGAACGAGUACCGAACAUCGUGUGUCCAUUAUCACGUGGAAAAGCUGUUUGGCUUUGACUUUACACCGGUCACGCCCGCCGAUGACCGGACCUUGUGCCGGAGAAUGCCCCGUGUCAACACCAUCGAUAGCACCGAGCUGGAGUGGCACAUACGGUCCAACCAGCAGCUGGUGCCCAGCUACUCCGAAGCUGUCCUCAUGGAUCUGGCGGGCAUGUCUACUAACUACACCGCCUGCCGAUACACCCAGGGCUAUCGCCAGAACUGCGAUAGGUGCCACCGUACAAUCAGCAGCUCCUCCAUAUUUUCCCGUAGUGCUCUCAGCAUAUGUAACGGCAGCCCCAGAAUUCCGUUCAGCAGCAGUCGCUUCUCCCUGAGUCGCCUGUACGGAUCCCGCCGCAGUUGCCUGUGGCAGAGCCGCAGCGAAAGCCUCAAUGAGCAAAGCGCUCCUACUGAGCAGACCAGGUUGUCCAGCCAGGUAACGGUGGAAGAGGAGGAACCUCCUCCGUACCAGGAUGCUCUCUAUUUCCCUAUCCUCAUUGUCCACCGCAACGAAGGCUGCACAAACCACGACCACCGACGCCUCCACCGCAACGGUUCUUGUGUAGAAACCUCACUGUGAUAGAGUUAAAAAAAAAAAAGCUGAAAAUUAAAAUGUUGUGUUAUCAUCACAAAACACAUAGGAGUUGACUUAAUUGUUACGGUCAUGAGGUGCCCAGUAACAUGCAAAAAUAUCAAUGCCAACGGGGAUCAUGGCAUCAAUGAAGUACAUGUGCUAAAAGCAAAGAGGUCUUGAGGAAGCUGCCAAACUGGCGGCUAAGGGUGGAAUGUGGAUGAGACACAUGAAGACAUUCAUACACUAAUGCCGCGUACACACGAUCGGAAAUUCCAACAAGAAAAGUCAGA